AUGUCAGUAGAGUGGAGAAGGUCUGUGAGGCGUUGUGCAAGCCUUAUUGGACCUAAAAUUUUAGAUUGUGAAAUCGUCAGCACGGCGACUGUCCGAUACCCGGAUUCUUCAAUGCUUGUUGACAAUGAAGUUGAAACAGAAGUAGAACCAGUUGAUGAUCACUACAUGCAGAUACCACGUUUUGACUGUAAAAGUAUUAUGAAGUCGCAUUCAUCCAAAUUCCGUCCCCUUUGCCCAGCUGUGUCCAAAAUAUUGCAGCUCACAGACUCCGAUAAUGAUUCCAAGAACCUGGUCACAGUUUCAAGAAUCGUUGAAAUCUGCAAUGGAAUAGUAACCUAUUCACCAGAUUUGAAGUUAAUAAGUUGUGCCACAACAGGCGGUGAUUUUGAUUUUCAUUGUUCUUCUAAUGUCACAGACAUGACAAGAAUUGGUGAACACACUGUUCUAGCCACAAUUCCUUUCCGCAAGAAAAUAGUUUUCAUUAAUCCAUCAAGUUUCCACAUAAAAUCUCUGGAUUAUAGUUUCUUUACAAUUUCCUAUUUCGAACAUUCUACAUUUGUAGGGACUGAAAUGUUUAGUAAGACAAUAUAUCUCAUAGACUGGGAUAAAAAUAAAUUUGAAGAAAAAUUUAGUGUGCAAGAAAUUGUUGGAAACAUAGCAGUUGGUCCACAGUAUCAUAUCUUAAUAGCCUUAGCUAAUAUAAAUAGAAUUAGCUGUUACACAAUAGAUGGCAGACACUUGUUUCAGUUGAGGACCCAUUCCAUCGAUAUUCCAACCGACCUCACCGUAUAUCGAAAUUAUUCUUACGCUCUGCAAGGAAAUGUAAUUUACAAGAUUUCAGCAAACGGUGCUGUGUCCCAAAGAGAAAUUGGGAUAAAAGCUCGAUAUAUUUGUGUGGCAACAAAUAAUAUUUACUUGACUGACCGUUUUGGUCUUGUACAUAUUAUUAGGACAAAUAAAGAUUUUUGGCCUCGGCUGUCUUACCAUCACCAAGACCAUGUCCCGAGCCUGAUAAACCAAAUCCAUAUUGAUGACCCCUCCAACAUUACAACGAUUCUACCUAUGUCAGCCUCUUCAGUAGUAAUUAUAUAUCGGGAUCUAAAAGCUAUAUUAGUUACUGGCGAAGGGCAACCGUUUGGUGGAAAAUGUUUAACCUUUAAACUCCAGCCUUCUGUUUUCUGCAGAGUGGAUUCGAACACAUUUAUUGUCCUUUUUAGUGAGGACAGGAAACUUCAAUAUAUUACCUGUCCACAACUAACUGAAUGUGAUUUAAUAGACGUCGAAAACAAUUACAUUCAAAUGUGUCAUAUGGUAUCAAAUAGGUGUUUGGCUCUGACCACCAAUGAAGGUAACGUGGAGGUACAUAUUUUAUUGAUUAAAACGGAUCAUGUCGACAUUGUAAACAGAAUUACAUUGGAACAUGACAAUGUCGCCAUUGCUGCUACUCCAAUUAAUUUUGUAGUUGUAGACAGAAAGAAACGUAACUUGUUAUUUUAUUCAAGCUUUGGUGAGGAGCUUUCCAAGAAACACAUUGAGUUCAAUGGCUAUCCUCAUCAUGUUUUCACAGACAAAUUAUACUUCUAUGUUAUCUUCAGGAGAGAGUCUUUGAUGACUUGUUACAAUAUAACUGGACAAAGGAAAUGGCAGUUGAAACUUCCUUCAAACUUUCGCUGUCACGCUGCUGUUUUCCAAGGAACAGCUUAUGUGCUGGACGAUCUGCUCAGUCGGAUUCUUCUUUACAAGUACCAUGACUGGUCAGACUGUCAUGUAACCUUUCAAAAUCCUUAUAAUAAAAAUCUAAAUAUUCGACUCGAAGAAAAGGAGAAUGACCAAGUUCUCAUUGGUGAAAUAUGUCAUCUGGCAAAUGGACAGUUGGUGUUGUCCGACAUAUAUAAUGAUUGUUUGUUAUACAUUUCCAACGAAGGGAACAUUGUGUCUAGAUUAUCUCUGCCGUCUACAGCUACAGAUGUAUGUCGAUGGAAUUAUAAUCAGAUAGGCGUCACAUUACCUCUAGAGAAGCAAUUACGGGUCUUCGGAAACGUAUCAAAGGCAGUUAUAAGUGUAGCAUUAAACCAGGCUUAUGUACGGGUGUGUAAGCUGGGUGAAAGUCAUAUUAUUUGUUAUUGCGAUAAACCAUCGCAUUUAGAUAUUUUAAACAUUAAAAAUUGUAAUCAAGUUCAAAUAAUUCAUAAAAUUAAUAUUCCUUUUGUAAUGAAAUCAUUAUCGUUAGAAAAUGAAACACUAAAACUAUUGAUUGUUGGUAAGAAAGCAGUAUUCUUCUACAAGAUCAUCAGGAAGAGGAGAAGAAGUGUUUUACCAUCCCAAGUGAAAACACCCUCCAAUCUCUAUGGUUAUGACGGUGGUCCUUAUAGCAUUGAGAUGAUACCCAAUAUUUUACUGUCGCAAGGGAAAACACAAUCCAAUCUCUAUGGUGGACGUAUUGAUAAAAUGUGUGUCCAUUUGAUAGACAACAGCCGCAUGUUUGCUGUAAAUGAGCAUGACUUGCUGGUGAAAGAUCAUGUCACAAGAAGCCAAAUUAACAUGUUCAUCGAUCUGGUAGAUGUAUUUUCUAGAAACAUCAGUCUCAGUGAAAUGUUGUCUACAAGAUCUCACUGUUUCUGA